UCUCCCAUCAGCUCGUUCUUCACUCGUCGACCGAUCGAAAGCGACGUCAUGGCACCUCAUGUGAUGGCAGCAGCGAAGAAAUCCAUCCUCGAGUGUCAAAAGGGCCAUUCUCAGUGCGGAAAAUCCGCCUCCCUUCCCCGGCUUCCCGUCCGAGUGCUGGACGUCAGUGAGGCUCAGCGCUCGUCAACCAUCCGACUCUACGUGACCAAAAAGACCGGCGAGUACGACAACUACGUCACGCUCAGCUACUGCUGGGGCGGCCCGCAGCCGAUCGUGGCGACCAAGGCCACGUUGAAGCAGCUGCAGACUGGCAUCCGGGCGGCAUCGCUCCCGCAGACGCUCCAGGACGCCGUCAAGGUGACGAGCGCACUCGGCUUCCGGUAUCUCUGGGUCGACGCGCUGUGCAUUGUGCAAGACGACAACGUCGACAAGAUGAACGAGAUCGGCAGCAUGGACCAGGUGUACGGCAACUCGACGCUGACGAUUUCGGCGGCCGUGGCGGCGACGGUCCGCGAGGGAUUCGUGAAGUACCCGCGGAGGGAACCUUUCGUCGCGGUCCCCGCCGAGCUCCCGAACGGGAAAAAGGGCGACGUGUUCGUCGCGCCGUGCAUAGAGGCCGACUUUGCCGACCUGCCCCUGCAGACGCGGGGCUGGACCCUGCAGGAGUGGCUCCUCCCCUCGCGCAUCCUCUUCUACGGCGACAGGGAGCUCGUGUUCCAGUGCCGCACGGCCGGCACCCGCGGCGUCUGUCCGAGCUACAUGUCCUACGACACGGCCAACCGGAACACGGGCCGCAUCGUGGAUCACAGGCUGCGGAUGCCGAGCGCGGCGGAGAGGGGACGCCUUUGGCUCCUGUUUAUGAGGGAGUUCUCGGCGCGGCAGCUGACGGUGGCGUCGGACCGCAUGAACGCCAUGAUUGGUAUCCAAAAGGCCCUGUCGUCCUCCUGGAAGGACGAGUGCAUAGCGGGCUUGUGGAAGAGCACGUUCCCCGUGUGUCUGGCCUGGGAGUGCAAGAUGAGGGUCAAGCCGGCGCCGAAGGGGAGGACGGGAUGGGCGCCCAGCUGGUCGUGGUUGUCCGUCGAC